AAUCCUGGAAUUCCCAAGCUCGCUCUGUUUUCCCUCUUACUCUGCUCGAAUCCCAGGUGAAAAUGAAGAGAUUCAUAUCAAUUCCCGUCUUUUCUGUGUUGUUGUUGAUGGCUUUUGUGUAUUACAUUACGGUGUUCAUUUUCAUCGAGAAUUGGACUGGUUUGUUUACCUCUCCUGGUCUGUUUAACUCUUUGAUUUUCACUUCCAUGGCUUCCCUCUGCCUUUUCUCUUUCGCUGUUUGUGUUUUCACCGACCCGGGCCCCGUUCCUUCUUCCUAUUGUCCCGAUGUUGAAGAGCGUGCCGGUUCGGAUCAAGAUUCUGGAAAUUCCGCUUUACAGAUUAAGCAUUGUGAAAAGUGUAGCACCUUCAAGCCUCCGAGGGCUCAUCAUUGUCGAGUUUGCAGAAGGUGUGUUUUGAGGAUGGAUCAUCAUUGUUUGUGGAUAAAUAACUGUGUCGGUUAUUGGAACUACAAGUCCUUUUUCGACCUCGUCUCAUACGGGACACUGGCAAGCUUGUAUUCCACGUUCAUCAUUGUGAGCUGUGCAUUUCAGAAGAACUGGAAUGUUGAGGGAGCGCUUCCUUUAAAAAUUUUCUAUGUUAUUUGCGCGGUGAUGAUGAUCUCCUUGAGCUCGACUCUUGGAACACUUCUUGGCUGGCAUGUCUACCUCAUCAUUCGAAACAUGACAACUAUAGAGUAUUACGAAGGAAUACGUGCAGCAUGGUUGGCUCGUAAGUCUGGACAAAGCUACCAGCACCCGUUCAAUCUCGGUGCUUAUAAAAAUAUGACCUUGAUCUUAGGUCCAAACAUUCUGAAAUGGGCAUGGCCAACUUCAGUCAGCCAUCUAAAAAGUGGACUCAGUUUUCCAACUUUGCGCGACAGUUCGUGAAUCGGUUUGGCCGAGCUGACCCGUCUUCUGUUUCGAAAAUACUCCCGAGGAUAAUAGUGAACGUCCUGUUCUUAAUCUGUAGAUAAACACACUGCAAUUUCUCUGCUCAUCAGCCCAGAAAGGCAUUAAAGAAGACGAUACUGGCUUUAUCUUGAUCCUGCUGAAUGUAAUCAGCCUGAGAAUUCAAAAGGAAAAUUUAUGUUCAGAGCCCUUUUUAAGUUCAUCUUGGAUAGGCAUUUUUGAUGUUCUUGCUCCUAUCUCUCAAAUUUUGUAUAGAAUCUUAAAUGGUUUGAGUGCCAUUUUUUUCAACUAAAUUUAUUUAGAUUAUUAUUCUA